CCAAGAUGACGGCGAUGACAGCGAGGUGUUGUGUGUGGUGGGCGGCUGUUUGGCUGGCUGCUAGCCACCUUGUUGUGCUGGAUGGCCGUGUGGCUGCACGUGACCCGGACGACGUGGCCUCCUCCCUCAUCGACGAUGCAGAAAGCCUUCCAGUUGUUCAAGAACAGAAGGAUGACUUUCAGCCGUUUGAUGUUGAGGAGCUGUUUGACGAGAUCACCAAGGACGACGUUGGCGCCGUGCAACGCGCUAUUGACUUGGGCUUCGAUCCAGAGGGACACGCGGACCGAAGUGGGGAACUGGCGUUCCAUCAUGCUGCCUCUGUGGGUGCGCUGAACGUGUGCAAGUUCUUUGUCAAUGUGUUGCUCAUGGAUGUGAACACGCGGCACAGCGACGGCUCCACGCCUGCCAUCGUCGCAGCGUGGCACGGCCACAAGGAUGUGCUGGACUAUCUGAUUGAGAAAGGCGCUGACGCGCACGCGAAAUGCUACAACGGCUGGAACGCCGUGAUGGGCGCUGUGUAUUGGAACGAAUACGAUAUGCUCCUUUAUCUCGCAUCGCUCGGUAUUGCAUUGGACGAACCGGAAAAGGAUGGCGAGUGGACGCCCCUCAAAGUCGCGGCAGCCCGGGGCCAUGCGCAUAUGGUUGACUUUCUUCUUCGCCACGGAGCAGAUCCGCUCUUCAUCGACAGCAGGGGACGGACACCGAAGAUGCUUGCAGAAUCGAAAGGGUUUCAUCUGAUUGCAGAGCGAUUGGCUGUGGCGGAACGAGAGCGGCGGAAACACCUUGAACUUGAGGGAAUGGAAACAGCACACACACGCACACAUGCGCAUGACAUGCACGAUGAACUGUGACGACGCAGGCGAGCGGCAGGACUCCUUCCCCCCUCCCCUCCCCCUCCAUUGUACUUUCCGUUGCCUUGUGUUCAUCUCAAUGUUUUGUUUGUUACACACGCACACACACGCACACGCAUAUCGCCUUUGUUCUUCAAACACGCCGACACUGUGCAAUUGUAUCUUGUAAUCGUACAUUGCAACUAUUCAUAUAAACAACCGUAGCACUACGCACCACGUGCCCCACAACACGCUCAUGUCCAUACAAAC